AUGCCGCUUCCAUUAGCCGGUUUGCCUCAUUUAGUCUCAUGUCUUAAGGAGGUCUGUGUGACACUCAACUUACAAUGUAACGACUUCUUCAUAGAAAAGGUACUGCAAUUAUACGAGAUGAUUCUUGUACGACAUGGACUGAUGUUGGUCGGAUUUCCAUUUGCCGGGAAGACUAAAUCCUAUCACGCACUGGGGCAUGCUCUAAAAUGCGUUUCAGAGAAGGGUUUAAUGGAUGAGCAAGCAGUGGAGUGGACGGUAAUAAAUCCGAAGUCGAUCACAAUGGGCCAGCUGUACGGGCAGUUCGAUCCCGUGUCACACGAGUGGUCUGACGGCAUCCUCGCUGUCAGUUACCGAGCCUUUGCCGUCUCUACUAAUCCUAAUAGAAAGUGGUUGGUAUUCGACGGUCCUGUGGAUGCGAUAUGGAUAGAGAAUCUGAACACAGUGCUUGAUGACAACAAGAAGCUAUGUCUGAUGAGUGGUGAGAUCAUACAGCUGGCACCCACUACCAAUCUCAUCUUUGAACCCAUGGAUUUAGAAGCGGCCUCGCCAGCUACGGUAUCGCGAUGUGGUAUGAUCUACUUAGAGCCUAAAGGACUUGGCUGGAAGGCGCUGUUGGAAUCCUGGCUGAACAAGCUGCCUCCCACGCUGCACAUAGUCAAUCGUAAUCUUAUACGGAAUCUAUUCAAUCGGUUCAUGUCACCGCUUCUCUGGCUUGUCGAACUUUCUGGAUUAGUUAAGCAAAUGUACAUAACGUCUCGAACCAACCUGGUUCAAGCGUGCAUGUAUCUCUUCGACUGUUUUAUGGACGAUUUUUAUGAUGAAAAAUAUUUGGAACAAAUAUCAGAUCUCGAUAUACGAGCUCAACUGGAGGGUGUCUUUUUCUUCUCAUGUAUAUGGUCUAUUGGAGCAACAUUAGAAAGUGCUGGUCGAUCUAAAUUUGACUUACUCUUCAGAGGUCUGCUCGAAAAGGAUUUUCCUGACAAGGUUAAAACUGCUCUGAACAUGCCGAAACAAAUUGCUAAACCAGACAAACAAUAUAUAUUUAUAAUUCCAAAGGAAGGUUUGGUUUACGAUUAUAGGUUCAUUAAAGAGGGUAAAGGUAAAUGGAAGCCAUGGAUUGAUGACGUGCACUCUGCACCCCCUAUCACCCGUGACACUCCUCCCAACCAGAUCCUGGUGACGACACUGGACAGUGUGCGAUAUCUCGCGCUGUUCAAGCUCAUGGUGACGCAUCACAAGCUAGUCAUGAUGGUUGGUCCUACCGGCACCGGAAAAUCCGCUUACGUCAUUGAUUUCCUAGUAAAGAGAGUUAAUACUAAAGUGUAUAAGGCUCUAAUUAUGGCUUUCUCUGCACAAACUAAUUGUAAUCAGACUCAAGAUAUCAUCAUGGGUAAAAUGGAUAAGAGGAGAAAAGGUGUAUAUGGUCCGCCUAUCGGAUGUUACGCUGUAGUUUUCGUAGAUGACGUAGCAAUGCCUCAAGCAGAAACAUAUGGAGCGCAACCUCCCAUCGAAGUGCUACGACAGGGCAUUGAUCUGGGACUCUGGUAUGAUCGGAAGACUAACAUGGCGAUGCACCUUAUUGAUGUUCAGUUUAUGUGUGCCAUGGGCAAGCCCAUGCCUGGAGCUAAAAUAAUAACUCCAAGAUUUUCCCGCCACUUUGCUUUCUUCUGUAUUGACGAGUUUGACGAUGAAACUCUUCAGACGAUUUUCAGCAGGAUUAUGCUGUGGCAUCUGGAUACUAGGGGAUUUUCAAAAGAAUUUGAUCCUUGUAUCGAGGAACUGGUCAAUGGAACGUUGGAAGUAUACAAGGAAUGUAAGAUGAAUCUACUCCCUACACCGUCCAAAUCUCAUUACACUUUCAACCUGCGAGAUUUCUCCAGAGUGAUAUUGGGUGUGUUGCUUUCGGUGCCCGAGGUAACUCCAGACUUGCAGUCGAUAAAGCGUCUGUGGGUGCACGAGUGUCUGCGCGUAUUCAGUGACCGAUUGGUCGAGGAAUCGGACCGCCAUUGGUUCGUAAACUGUCUCCGCGCCGCCACCUCUGCUCACUUGAACGACGACUUCGAUAAAAUGCUGAGCAGACUUGCUGAGUCACCGGGUGAAAAAAUUACAGAUUUACAUCUACGAAAACUAAUAUUCUGUGAUUUCGCGAAUCCGAAAGUGGACACACGUUUUUAUAUGGAGACUACGAAUUUGGAACAUUUGAACUCGACGGUUGAUGCUUUCCUUGUUGAGUUCAACAAUAUGACUAAGAAGCCAAUGAACCUUGUACUCUUCACAUUUGCGAUCGAGCACGUGUCUCGUAUCUGCAGAGUGUUGACUCAGCCGCGGUCGCACGCGCUGCUGGUCGGGCUGGGCGGCUCGGGGCGACAGUCCCUCACACGACUAGCGGCCCAUAUCAACGAGUAUGAUCUCUUCCAGGUGGAGAUGAGCCGUACUUACGGUAAGACCGAGUGGCGAGAAGACUUGAAAACUUUACUGCGUAAAACGAGUACACCGGAUUUGCUCAUGGUUUUCUUAUUCAUUGAGUCGCAGAUCAAAGAAGAGGGAUUUCUUGAAGACGUUAACAAUAUGCUUAAUUCUGGAGAAGUACCAAAUAUCUUUAAUACUGAUGAGAAAGCAGAAUUGUGUGAGAAAAUGAGAGUUAUCGAUCGGCAGCGUGAUAAAUCACUUCAGACAGACGGUAGUCCAACGGCUUUGUAUGCUUACUUUGUCUCUAUAGUACGAGAUCAACUGCACAUUGUGUUGGCUAUGUCACCUGCUGGUACCUCAUUGCGCACUCGCAUUAGGAAGUUUCCAUCACUCGUUAAUUGCUGCACUAUUGACUGGUUUCAGGAAUGGCCACCUGAUGCUUUGUUGGCAGUAGCAACUAGAUUUUUGAAAGACAUAGAGCUGACCGACCUAGAACGAGACACAGCAAUUAAGCUAUGUCAAGUGUUCCACACCGACACUCAGGAGCUCACGAGGCAAUUCUUGAGUCGUCUCAAGAGAUUUAACUAUGUCACACCUACCGCCUACUUGGAGCUGAUUAACAUGUUUAAGUCGUUGCUUACGAAAAAACGACUAGAGCUAACAACAGCAGAGAAGCGUUACUUAACCGGACUGGACCAGCUCGCUAUUGCAGCUAAGUCAGUGGGGGCAUUACAACAGGCAUUGGAAGUAUUGCAGCCCAAACUGGCUGCUGGCGCAAAAGCUGUAGCUGAGACUACAGCUAUAGUGGAGAAAGAAAAAGAAGCAGUGGCAUUGGUUGAGGCUGAAGUAUUAGUAGAUCAAAAAGCUGCAGAAGAACAGGCUCAAGAAGCCCAAGCUAUAAAAGACGAGUGUGAUGCUGAUCUCGCUGAGGCGAUGCCGAUCCUCAACGCAGCUCUUGCAGCACUUGACACGCUCACUCCUCAGGAUAUCACUUUCAUCAAGACGAUGAAGAGUCCUCCGCGUGGUAUCCGAAUUGUGAUGGAAGCUAUCUGUAUACUAAAGGAUGUUAAACCGGAUAAGAUUCCAAACCCAUCGGGAGUGGGGACUGUCGAGGACUACUGGGGUCCGUCGAAGAAACUCCUAAACGACAUCAAAUUCUUAGAGUCCCUACAGAACUAUGAUAAAGAUAACAUACCUCCACCCGUGAUGAAGAAAUUGAUGACCACCGUCAUGCAGGAUGAAGGCUUCGUGCCUGAAAAGAUUAAAACUGUGUCAGUGGCCGCUGAAGGUAUGUGCAAGUGGGUAAUUGCAAUGACGAAGUACGACAAAGUUGCGAAGGUGGUGGCGCCUAAAAAGCAACGGUUGGCGGCUGCACAAGCAGUGUACGACAAAGCUAGUGCCGCCCUCGCUGUCAAGCAGGCUCAGCUCAAGGAGGUACAAGCAAAAUUAAAAAAGCUAGAAGACGCUUUGGCUGAACAAAGUCGUCAACAAAAAAUAUUGGACGAUGAGGUGAUGGAUUGCAGUAAUAAAUUGAAACGAGCUGAAAUGCUUAUAACUGGUCUGGGCGGAGAAAAAACACGAUGGACGCAAAUCGCUAAGGAUCUCCGUGAAACAUACAAUACACUCACAGGAGAUAUAUUGAUUGCUGCGGGCAUCAUCGCGUAUCUUGGACCGUUUACAGCACAGUUUCGAAAUGAACAAAUAAAAACAUGGGCCAAAGCAUGUUCCGACUGCGGAAUUGUUUGUAAGCUAGACUACAGCUUAAUCAAGGUUCUGGGUGAACCAGUCACCAUUCAACAAUGGAACAUUGAUGGAUUGCCGGCAGAUGACUUCAGUGUAGAGAGUGCCAUUAUCAUCAUGACAGCACGACGUUGGCCUUUGAUGAUUGAUCCACAAGGACAAGCCAAUCGUUGGAUCAAAAAUAUGGAGAAGCCAAAUAAUAUCUGUAUAGCUCGUUUGACACAAGCUGACUUGGGACGCAUCUUGGAAAAUGCAGUUCAAUUUGGACAACCGGUGUUGCUAGAGAACGUAUUAGAAGAAUUGGACCCUAUGUUAGAACCUCUUCUUCAGCAACAAACGUUCCGACAAGGUGGUGCGUUGUGCAUUAAAAUUGGUGAUACUAUUGUUGAAUACAGCAAAGACUUUAAAUUAUACAUAAGUACAAAAUUAGCGAAUCCGCAUUACUUACCGGAGGUAGGUGUACGAGUGACUUUGGUCAACUUUAUGUUGGCUAUGGAUGGCCUGCAAGCACAACUGUUAUCUCGAGUGGUGGCCAGAGAGAGACCUGACCUGCAACAAGCCAAGACAGAUCUGACCACGCAGGGUGCCGAGCAUAGAAGGCUUCUACAGGAAAUUGAGAAGAAAAUAUUGACAGUCCUUUCUACUUCGGAACAUUUACUAGAAGAUGAAGAGGCUGUCCAGAUUUUAAAUUCCGCCAAAGAGACAUCGAAUGAGAUCAAAGAGAAACAAGAGGUGGCCAUGAUCACAGAGGCAGCUAUUGAUGUUGCUCGUAACGACUACGUGCCCAUUGCCGAACACUCUACGAACCUGUUUUUCCUUAUUGCUUCGUUAGCGCACAUUGACCCGAUGUAUCAGUACUCACUGGGCUGGUUCGAAGGCUUGUUCGUGGCGGCGAUAGAUAAUACUGAGAAAGUCGAUGAGAUUCCCGAACGCCUGACGAUACUGAGGCGUUACUUCACAUACUCUCUCUAUGCAAAUAUAUGCAGGAGUCUAUUUGAAAAGGAUAAAAUCGUGUUUUCGUUACUGUUGACUAUCACGAUUAUGUUGGCAGAGAAAGAUGUGAAAAGGAGUGACGUAAUGUUCCUCUUGUCGGGCGCACAUCCCAAAAAAAUUAAACCAAAUCCAGUACAAUUUCUCAGCCCACAAGCUUGGGCUGAGUUUAACGCACUGAAUGAAGUUCCUAAGUUUCAUGGUAUUUUGGAGCACUUUAUAAGCAACGUCAAAGUAUGGGAGGAUUAUUGUGACACGCCUGAUCCACAAGAUCAACCGUUACCGUCACCUUGGGACCAGAAACUUGAUAUUUUUGAGAAAAUGUGCGUUUUGCGGUGUAUGCGUUUGGAUAUGAUGGUACCCGCUGUACAAAACUACGUUGCAGCUAAAAUGGGUCGUAAAUUCGUGGAGCCGCCUCUUUUCGACUUGGCGUCUUCAUACGCGGACUCUCACUGCUGCAUACCUUUGUUGUUUGUCCUAACACCGGGCUCUGAUCCUAUGGAGACACUGCUCAAGUUUGCUGAUGACCAAGGUUUUGGAUCUUCGCGAUUGUUCUCGCUGUCUUUGGGUCAAGGUCAGGGACCUAUCGCAGUUAAGCUCAUUGAAGAAGGCGUUCGCAGUGGCACAUGGGUGGUAUUGCAAAACUGUCACUUAGCUAAAAGUUGGAUGCCAACACUGGAAAAGACCUGCGAAGGGUUGACUCCUGAUAGUACACAUCCAGACUUCAGGCUUUGGCUGACAUCAUACCCUGCCGCACACUUUCCUGUGUAUGUGUUACAAAAUGGUGUCAAAAUGACUAAUGAACCGCCCAAAGGUUUGAGAGCAAACGUCGCACGUUCGUACAGUAGCGACCCUAUCAAUGACAUCGAAUGGUUUGAGGGUAACAAGCAGACGGAGAUCUUCAAAAAGUUGUUAUUCGCACUGUGUUUCUUCCACGCGGUGGUGCAAGAACGACGACAAUUCGGUCCUCUGGGGUGGAACAUUAGCUACGAAUUCAACGAGACUGAUCUCAGAAUUAGCGUGACACAGCUUUAUAUGUUCCUCAAUGAGUAUGAUGACGUGCAAUUCAUAGCGUUACGUUAUCUAACUGGCGAGUGCAACUACGGUGGUCGUGUGACCGAUGAUUGGGACCGACGCACACUUAACACGAUCUUAUAUAAGUUUUACAAUCCUAAAGCUAUCGAAGAACAUAAUUAUGCAUUGGACCCAACAGGUGUUUAUCACAUACCUACUCUGAAGGAGCACAAUGAAUUUGUGAACUUCGCGCGUUCGUUGCCAGCCGCGACUCCACCAGCUGUUUUCGGCUUCCACACAAACGCAGACAUCACCAAGCACUUCCGAGAAGCUGAGGAGCUCCUCGAGACAGCUAUACUCACACAGGAUACCGCGGCAGCCGGAGAUUCAGAAGUCACGCCUGAAAUGCAAGCAAUGGCCAUCGCUGAAGAUGUUUUAGCUCGCUUGCCCGACAAGAUCCUGUCGGGGCCGUCGCAUGAGGGGGACAUCAAGCCAUCUGACAUGACGCCCAUGUCUAUCGUGGUCAUCCAAGAGGCGGCCCGAUACGAGCGAUUGGUCAAAGUUGUAAGGUCCAGUUCCAGGGCAGUGAUAGGUGCUGUGCAGGGUGUGAGCGUUUUAAACGAUAUAACAGAAGAAGUGUUGACGAGUAUGGUGCGCGGCCGUAUUCCCGAGCUGUGGGCAGGCAAAAGCUAUCCUUCGCUUAAACCAUUCGCCUCUUACUUUGAUGAUUUGUUGGAGAGGCUCAAGUUCUUACAGCACUGGCACGAGCACGGGCCCCCGACGGUGUUUUGGUUAUCUGGCUUCUACUUUCCUCAAGCGUUUCUCACAGCUGCCCAGCAGAGCUACGCGCGCAAAUACAAGAUACCCAUCGAUCAGCUCGCCUUCCACUACGAAGUGCAGAAACAGUUUGAGAUUAAUGAGCCACCGCAAGAAGGCGUGUACAUUCGCGGCCUGUACAUGGAAGGUGCGCGCUGGAACAUGGAUCAAAUGAUUGUUGACGAGUCCAUUCCUAAGAUACUGUACGACGAAUUCCCACCGGUAUGGCUCAUUCCACUAAAACGCGAAGAAGUGCCGACUGAUGAGUUCUAUAACUGCCCUCUAUACAAGACUGGGGCCAGAAGAGGCGUGUUGUCUACGACGGGGCAUUCUACCAACUACAUCCUCUUCAUGCGACUGCCUACUGAGCAGGAACCCGAUCACUGGAUCAUGCGAGGAGUGGCCCUGCUUACACAACUACCUUUCUAG